GGUCAGUCGGUCGGUCGAUUGGUCGGACGGUCGGUCGGUCGGUCGGUUGGUCGGUCUGUCUGUCUGUCGGUCUGUCUGGUUCCUUCUUCUAGUGUGUUACGCUCACAUCAGUCAGUUCGGUAUCGCAUUAUGCUGUGGAUAGACCGCGUCGCACGGUGUUACAGCCGUGCCGUGUCAGUGCGUUCAAGCUGUGGCCAUUUCGUUUGCUUCAGUGAAUUUUCGAUUCAAUUUGUUUGUGGAAAUUCUUGCGACGUAAUUAGGAAACUGCUGGCAUGCAACGGUUGGCGGGAAAAUGGGCAAAACCGCCAGCAAACUGAAAUCGCGGAGAAGUCAGAGCAUAGCAUGGAGUUUUCGAUUUCCAUCUAUGAAUACACUGCAAAACACCAGCCGACGACGCAAACGAAACGAUCUUGCUUCAUUGGACUCAUGUAAAGAUCUUCGGCAAAAGAGACAUACGAUACAUCUACAACCGGAAGUGAUCAUUCAAAAAGAACCAAGUUUGAUUGUGACGUUGCCAUCAUCUAACACUCUCUCUAGCAAUAAUUCAAGGACACCAGAGGAAGACAGCGACGCGAAACAGAACCGCCACAUAUGUUCUCAAAGUGAAUUGCCAUCAACAAAAGUAUCCGAGAGUAACAAUAAUUUGUCUCUGCAGAUGGAACCACCUGAGGAAACCACUCGCAAGCUUUUAGAAAGAGAAUUACGACUUCUCGAUCCCCGAGAUUUGCGAUCGCAUGCUUGGUAUCAUGGCAGUACGUUGCGCGGCGGUCGAAGAGGUGCAGAGGUGGAAGUGCCGGAUGAUGGGGACUUUUUAGUGCGUGAUUGCGCCUCUCAACCUGGCAACUACGUUCUGACCGUGCGUUGGAAAAGCCAACCCCUUCAUUUUGUCAUUAAUAGGGUUGUAAUUCAGCCCGACACGGUUUAUGAGAGGGCGCAAUAUCAAUUUGAAGAUGAGGCCUUCGAUACAGUUGCCGAUUUGAUAACUUUCUAUGUCGGCAGUGGCCGACCAAUUAGUCAGGCCAGUGGCGCUCGUAUCAUUAAUCCAAAGCCCAGAUCGGUUCCAUUGACGUGCAUUGCAGGAACCACGAACAAUCAACAUUGUUCUAAUUCUUCAUCUUCUUUAUCCACUGGUUCGCCACCUCGUUUGCCUAAGAAACAGCAACGCAGUCACUCUCUGACCGCUCAACAUCAUGGUUCUGAUCAUCACGUCAUUCGAGAGGAUAAUCAACAAAUAGGUCAGCAGCUACCUAUUCAAUCCAGUACUUUACCACGAAUACCGCCGAUUCAGAGUCAGCCGCCCUCGUGUUCCUUAUCCUUGGGUCGGCAAAAGAUUACCCGAGUAAUCUCUGAUCCAGCAUUGCAACAGCAACAACAACAAUUAUCGAAUCUAAAUCUGCAGAACAUUCUGGGUACGGCGCCACCUAAGCCUCCCAGAGUGCCCUAUGUGCCAAGCCAUCAACAUUAUCAUCAUCAUCAUCAUCACCAUCAUCACCAUCAUCAUCAUCAAAGUUAUCAAGCCUCUGGUAGCGACAGUGGAAACGGAUCGGGAGAUAGCGAGUUUGAGACCAACAACUCUGGUGGUGCUAGCAAUCCUUCCUCCUCAGUGCCAAUUAAGGGCGUAGUAAUACGCAGCCAUUAUAACAAUAGCAACAACGGCAUUAAUGACAAUAAUGGCAGCGAAUAUGAAUUAUCUGCGGAGGAGCAGUUAGUGGUAGCCGCGCCGUCUUUAGAAAUUACUACAAUGCUCGAUAUCGAGGGCUUUACCACGCUGCUCUUACCGGCUGGCGAACACAGACCUCUGGAUCCGAUAGCUUUGAGGGGAGUCUCAGGAAUGUUAUUAGAUUCUGCACCAAGAGUACUUGCUUCCCAUCUCACGAAAAUUGAUCUCGAAGUGGCACUUGAACCAGGAUCCGGAAAUAGAACUGGAUUAAGCGGUAUCGAGCUGGCGACUCUUCCUCAUGGUAGACAAGCUAGAAUAGAUUUGAUAGAGAGAUCGGAAUGUUUGAAACUGUUGGUGGCGGUCACUGUGUUAGCUGGGGCUACGGCCAUAGAAAGGGCGGCUACCAUUAGCAAAUGGAUCAAAGUAGCGAUCGAUACUAAAACCGCGCUCGGCAAUCUGUAUGGUUUCUGUGGUGUAAUGCUCGGCUUGUGUUUACCACAAAUUCAGAGAUUGGCUAAUACAUGGCAUUUGUUAAGACAAAAACACACAGAUGAAGCUUUUAGUUUCGAAGCAAAGUUAAGGCCUACUUUACGGGCUAUGAACGAAUGUACUAAUCCGCAGGCACCUAAUACAACAUUGCCACAUUUGCUACCAAUCGCAUUACUCGGAGAACGGAGUCCCGAAGAUGUUUUAGGUACUGUGGCGCCUUCCGGACUCGCGGCAGCAAUUCUUUCAUCAUGGGAAAAUUCUGCGCCCGAUUGCGGUCUGUCGAUUGUCUGGUCGCAUCUCGAAGCAGCUCGUAAGCUAGCCGAAAGUCUGCCACUUUUUCGCAGAAACGCGGAAAUCGCCUUGGAAGGUUGCAGAAGUGAUGAGUUAUUGUCGGACGCCUUUCGCACCGAGUUUCAUAUAAAGUUUCUAUGGGGCAGUCGCGGUGCAACUGUUGCCCCUGAAGAACGUCAUCUCAAGUUUACACAAGUCCUUGAUGCAAUGUACGAUAAAUGUGCGGCUAGCGAAGUUAUCGCUUAAAAGAUAAUUACGAACAACAAAAAUAUAUAAAAAAAAAGAAUUUUUGCGCGAAAAAUUCUUCUUUUUCUAAACUAUUUAAACCAUAUAAAAUAUCGCGCUGUGAAAGUUCUUUUUAAAAUUGUUUUUAUAAACGAGUUUA